AUGCCUAGUACUGCAGGGCUGAGUACUGAGUCUCUGCCGUUUUUGGUUGGCGAGCAUCCAACAACCAGCACUGCAUUUGAUGCAGCUGCUUCUUAUUCUUUAACUCCAUCAGCUUCAUUUCCAUCUUCAUCAACACCAACAAUUGCUACAUCAUUUCCAUCUUCAUCCACUCUUCCACCAGCAAGUGCUACAUCAUCUCCACCGGCCGCAUCCGACCAUGAAGAAGAUGUUCCUCUUCCCCAGUUCCCAAUUCAUGGGAUCUUGGGGCAAAAUUAUGCUGCCGCUUAUGAAGAUCCACAAAAGAGGAAGAAUGUUACCCUUUCGGUCUCUACUGGAUGCAACUCGAUAUCCCGGCCGAUGGAGCUUGCUAAUUAUCUGAAGCCUUUGGCUUCAGAGAAAGCCAACUUUCUUGCUUCCGAGGGCCUUCAAAGGCUGAUUCGUGAUACGGAGGAACUUACCUCCAAGCGGGAUCAACUUUUGGCAGAGGGGGACCAAAGUGUUGCUCGCCUCUCGGAACUGGAAGCUAAGGCCACUGAGGGUGUUGUAUUGGAAGCUCAUUUGCAGCAAAGCAAGCAAGAAGUGGAAACCCUUAGCCAAAAGAUUGCCCCGUUGAGGGUUCAAUUUGAUGAAGCUAAAACUAAAUGGGUAGAAGUCCAUAAUGUCGUUCUUGCUGCAUCCGAUCAUGAGGCUAAACUUGCCCAGUUGGAGGAUAAGUUCAGGAAAACUAUCGAGCAUAAUAGGCUUUUUAGUUCAACUGUCCGUGACCUUAAUGUUAGCCUCAGAUCUAUUAGGUCCACCCGGGAAAGCCUUUCUGCUGAGAUAGCUCAACUUAACGAAGAACUUAAGCACCGAGCAGCUUCCCUCGCCCGUAAGCUUGAGUUAGCUGCUAAAAAUGGACUCCUAGUGCAGCCUGAUGCUCCUAGUCCUUCUGGUUCCAAUUCCGAGUUCUCGGGAAAUGAAGAAGAAUCGGAGGACGAUGACGCUGAAGGCCAAAUUGGUGAAAAUGUCGAGCCAUCAGUGGAUCCAUCUACUUCUCCCGGGGGCGCGGACACUUCUCUUCCUCCUGGUUCCGGAGAUACUGCAUAUGCUUUAUAUCGCUACCUUGUUAGAAACCUUGCCAGAAAAACCAAAUUGGGACAAAAAACUAAACGAAGGAAAAAAGAGCGCAUCACAUACUUUCUAAUCGGAUAA